GAAGAUGGCUGCUACUCUGCUAGAGAAUACUAAAGUGACUGAUUCCGAAACUCAUCUGCUGUCUUUCAGUCUCGAUAAUUUGGAAAUCGACCCCACCAGACCCCAUAAGUAUCCCGGAAACGUCGUGGAAAAGGACAAUGACAAUAAAGAACCAUAUCCUACUGGUUGUGUAAUAUGCCGCUGCAUGAAUACAAAAUCAUUAACCUGUGCUUAUCCUCAAAAACAAAAUACUGAAUUGCCAACAAAAGAUUGCAUUCUAAGGCCUCCCAAGUUAAACAGAGUAGAAAGGUGUAAGCAACAAUAUGCAGCAGCAUCUCCAGUACCUGUCAAUCGAAGGUUUAAUCGUAAGCAAUUAAAUCGAAAAUGGUCAACCGAUGAUGAAUUUCUAUCGGAAUUAUCAUUGAAUAAUAACAACAAUAGUAAUGAGUGUACAAACGUCAUACCGUGUACAGACGAUGUAACAAUUGACGAGUUAGCCAGUUAUUUUGAAGAUCUAGUACACAUUCCUAAAAAAAUGUCCGACAUGGCUGAACUGAUGUACAAUUAAACAUACACAUAUAGAUCAUAUUUUAUUGUUAUUCUGUUUGUUUAUCUUUUAGGUAAAACUUUUAUCGGCUUAAAAAAAAAUGUAAUAAUAAUAAUUUGUUGUAAUCAAUCAUAUUCAAUUUGUUAUAUUACAUAUAGCAAUUGAGGAGAAUACUGAUUUAAAUGUUAUUACAUGAAUUGUUAUCAACGAUUGUUUUAAAAGACCAAGUCAUGUAACAGUAUAAUUAUUUAGUCACUUUUUGAAUAAUCAUAUGAUGUGUACAAGGAAGUAAAUUACUAAUACUUCAUUACUAUUCGUUAUGUAAUAUACUGAUAGUCAAGUGUGUAUUCUCAAUAAAUUUUUUACUAAAAUAGUUUGGUUGUAAGAAUAUAAAUUUAAUAUACAUCUACUUAUCACU